CCGUCACGUGGUACAGCGGUAUCACAUCUGGCGAUAACAGUGGUCACGUGGUAUGGAGAUAUGCCACGCCCACAUGUUUAGUAGCGGGAGACCUACCGACACAAACUGACAAUGUCCCGUGGGUUGCUCGCCCUUAGUUUCCUGUCGUGUGCCAUCUUGUCCGUGCUGGGCAGAGAGGUCAUCGUGCAGACGAGCCAUGGCAAGGUCAAGGGCAUCAGCGACGGCUUGACCGUGGCCUUCAGAGGUGUGCCCUUUGCCUCACCGCCUGUCGGUAAAUUAAGAUGGCUGCCGCCCCAGCCCCCCGCCCCGUGGGCCCAUGUGCUGGCAGCAGACGUAGACCCGCCCGGGUGCCCACAGAUCGGCUGCGAGAAGUUGACGCCCACCAUCGCCUGCCCCAAAAAGAUGUCUGAAGACUGUCUCUAUCUGAAUAUCUUCGCCCCCGAUGGUGCCGGAAAUACUUCCGGUCUGCCGGUUAUGGCCUACAUUCACGGCGGAAACUUCUUCGACAUGAGUGGGUCAAGUCCGCUGUUCGACGGGGUCUACUUCACACAGAGGGGGAAUGUUGUCCAGGUCAACAUGAACUACAGGCUGGGUGCUCUGGGGUUUCUGGUGACCGGGGACGGGGAUGACGACGCCCGGGGCAACUACGGCCUCUACGACCAGGUGUUAGCCCUCAAGUGGAUCAGGGACAACAUCCGGCAGUUUGGUGGUGACCCGGAGAAGGUGACGUUGUUUGGUCAGAGUGCCGGCGCCCAGUCCGUCAUCCAGCACAUGACGCUGGACGAGACUGCCGGACUGUUCCAGCGCGCCAUCAUCGAGAGCUCACCCCUGGCCCUGCCAUACAAGACAUACACAGAGGCCUUCGUGCUGGGCGGGCUGCUGGCGGAGGCUGUCGGCUGUCCCGUCAGGGAUAUGGACUGUCUGAGGGCUAAAACAGCGGAGGAGAUAACUCAAGCGUCCCUGAAGACUAGAUCGGAAGUUGCCUCCCUAAAGUUCCUCGAGAUGUUUGAACCCUACGGACCUCACAUCGACGGCAGAGUCGUUAAAGGCCAGCCCCUGGAUGUGUACGGGGCUGGGGGCUACCAGAAGAAGCCCAUCAUGAUCGGUAGCACGCGCGAGGAGACGGUCCUGUACAUCUACGGCGCCUACAACAAGACGGUGACGGUCAUAGACUAUCUGGCGCUCCUGCUGGCCGUGCGGCCGGACAAGGUCAUCGAGAUGGCAGAACACUACCCACCCACGUCCCUGGAGGACCAGAGGGAGGUACUGGUCAACAUCAGCACCGACCUGGUCUUUGGCUGCCCCACUCGGAACCUGAGCCGUACCCUGCUGGACCAGGGGUCGGGGGAUGUCUGGCUCUACCUCUGGGACCACGCCUUCUCCUUCCCCGGCUGGGGGCAGGUCACGUUCUGUGAAGGUCGGGUUUGCCACGGCACGGAGAUCGUGUACGUGUUUCACACCGCCAAUAAAGGCAACUUCACAUUUACGGCAGACGAGGAGGCCUUAAGUAGCGAUCUCAUCAGCUACUGGACAAACUUCGCCUGGUCCGGUGACCCCAACACCCGUGACGUCACUCGCCAGCGGCCACGCCAGACUGACCAGAUGGCCAUAAACGCCGAGGCCACCAUCCACCUCGGCCACCAGGACAUGCACGCGCGUCUGGACAUCUCAUCCAAGGUCAGAGGUCAACUGACCCCCUGGCCGAAGUACAGCCCCACGUCCCAGUGGCCGGCCAUGCACUUCCUGGUGCCGAGCCGCACGUUGGUGCACGACUACAGGGACCAGUUCUGUCAGUUCUGGGACGGGAUUGGGUAUGGAGCCGACAGGGCCUAGACAGCGGAAGUCGUACGGCAUUGUCCGGCUAGACGUCGUUAACUACAGCAGAACAAGAUAUUGACAGGUUCGGUGGGCAGUUGGCCAACCACUGUCUCACUUGUACAGUUUUUUUGUACACGUGUUAGGUUAUACAAUACAACGACCAGAUGUAAUGUUGUACAACUGUAAUGCUGUACACAUAGAAUGUACCCAUAUUAUGUUGUACAUAAUUAUGUUUUGUAGAAAAACUGUUAUGUUGUACUUAGUUUUUUGUGCCAUUGUCUAAUGUAAUAUUGCUUUGCCAUUAAAACGGUGUAAACCUACUCAA